UGCCUAAGUUGGGGCCACUUUUGGCUUCUUCCAAUCAUUGAUUUUCUACACAUAAAACUAUCAGGUUCAUAAUACAGCAAUCCAUCAUAUAAAGUUUCAGCACAGACUAAAAGCUUAAAGCUCUCUGAAUCUGAAUUCUAAUGGCGUCCUCACUGCUGGAAGUAGAAAACAAUCAGCAUCCGAAAGUCCAUGAUGAGAAGGAAAGAAGGAAAGAAGAAGAAGAAAGCUUCUGUUAUGCCAUGCAGAUCGUCAUGUCUUCUGUAUUAUCCAUGUCCAUGCAAUCCGCAACUGAGCUCGGAGUUUUUGAUGUCAUAGCCAAAGCAGGUCCAGGGUCCAAGCUCUCUUCCUCGGAAAUUGCAGCCCAGAUGCCCACCAAAAACCCCGAGGCACCCAUUAUGCUGGAUCGCAUCCUGAGGCUCUUGGCCAGCCACUCUCUGCUCAGUUGCUCUGUUGUUGCUGAUGAUAAUGGGUCUUUUGAGAGGCUAUACAGUCUUGCUCCAGCGUCCAAGUUCUUUGUCACCAACAAAGAUGGUGUUUCCUUGGGCCCCUUGAUGGCACUCAUACAAGAUAAUGUCUUCUUGACCAGCUGGUCUGGUUUCCUUUUUCGUGACCAAAUGUCUCAACUAAAAGAUGCAGUUCUUGAAGGAGGAAUUCCUUUUAACAGGGUUCACGGAACACACGCCUUUGAGUAUCCAGGCUUGGAUCACAGGUUUAAUCAGGUUUUCAACACUGCUAUGUACAAUCAUACUACUAUUGUUAUCAAAAAGAUUCUGGAUCUGUACAAAGGCUUUGAGUCCCUUGAACAACUUGUUGAUGUUGGUGGUGGCCUAGGAGUGACCCUUAGAUUGAUCACUUCGAAAUACCCAAAUAUCAAGGCUAUUAAUUUUGACUUGCCUCAUGUUAUAAAGCAUGCCCCCGCUUAUCCAGGUGUGGAACAUGUAGGAGGAGAUAUGUUUUCGAGUGUUCCUAGCGGGGACGCCAUUUUUAUGAAGUGGAUACUUCAUGAUUGGAGUGAUGAGAAGUGCUUAAAGCUGUUGAAAUAUUGCUACAAGGCUAUGCUUUAUUAUCAUGACAUUGGGUGAGCAAAUCUUCCUCAUAAAGGGGCUCAUAAACCGGGCAGAGGUGCUUUGGGGACCCGGU